AUGGCUGUGAGCUUCGACACGCUGGCUCAAGGAACCCACUCGGGUAUCUCGGAUGCUGUGGAGGCAGUCAUCACCUCGAAGGAGGAGUGGUCAAGCCUCUGGAAGAAGCACACUUCCAAAAGUUCCCCGCCACCUGAGCUCCCUGACAUGCCCUUCGACACAGACAUGAUUGUCUAUGUCUUUUCGGGUCAGCAGGGCAGUGGCGGGCACUCUGUUAGCAUCAAAAGCAUCGAAGAAUCGAGUGGCAGCCUGCGCGUAGUGUAUGAAACCACGUCGCCCCCGCCUGGGGCGAUGUGCACUAUGGCCUUGACACAGCCUCAUCACAUCGUGCGAUUGAAGAAGUGCGAUUUGCCAGUCACGUUCUCAUGCACUGCCGCUGCUCCUCCAGCCCCAGUCGGCUGGACCAAGUUCCUCUUGACUUUUGAUGCGGCCCAGAAGGACUCUGCAGCAGAGAAGAUAAACUCCAUGUCGGAGGUGUUGGAUGUUAAAUCUAUGUUCGGUGGUGAUAUUCUUUGCGUCCAGCUGGAUACGACGUCGAUGAGUGUAGAAGAGGCCCAGACGAAACUGCAGCAGAUCGAUGGCGACUUGAAAGGAGUUCUCGAAAAUGGCACAAGCAGCGAGAUGCAGCGCUUUGCAGAGCUGCAGUGCUCUUUCGCGGGAAACCGUGUGGAUACAGAGGACGCUGAAAAGAAGAUGCCCGUGUUCUCCGACAAGAUUUGGGUGGCUGCCUUGAAGGCUCACGGAGCUACGAUGGAGGCUAUGCCAUCUGAUACCCAUCCUUGCCCCAGCAUAUUGCCGUUCGUUGUGGCAUUUUGUGCUUCCAGCUUGCGGUGUAUGGAAGACGCCGACAAUGCUGGCAAAGGAUUUUUCUCCAUUCCUGAGUUUCAGAAUGCAAGCACGCGUGUGGAGGAAGAGCUGGCUCCCCUUCAAAACAUCACUCGGGCUUCUGUGGAGCCGCGGAAAUAUGUACACGAUGAUGACCUCGACUUCUACAACCAGCCGCCUGAAAGAGUCAGGUUGGAGAGCUUCUGGAAGAACAUGGUCAACUCUCCUCUUGAGUUGGCGCCUGCAGAGGACGUUUUCCAGUGGAAUCUGCUGUGGAGAACCGCGAAUCUUACCAACAAGGUGGGUCUUCUCAAGUCCUGGCCCGAGAUUGCGCGAGAACUGAGUGUUAGAGGUGGAGCUGAGGUGGAUUGGCACGCAACACGAAGCUUUUGGGAGAUGGUCACCUUCGUUGCCUUCGCGAGGCAGGGUGUAAGGCACGGACUGUUGCCGGCGGAGGAGCAGAGCGAGCAGAACUUGGCCCAAGUCACUCGCAACCUGCGAAGCAUCUGGGACACGAAGUUCUGUUCACCGGGAGCGUUGGGUGGCUUGAAACAAGAGCACUUGACGCGCUUAGGUGUCCGGGAUCCUGUGUCCAUAGCGAUGGCACACCUAGACAAGCAGUCGGUUGUGGAUUCGAUGUGGAGGAAAUGGAUGGUUUUGCACGUCAAGAUGGACGACCUCGGCAAUGCCAGGCAGAAGGCAGAGAAGUUGAAGGAGUUCUCACAGUUGCUGAAAGAGCACUCCUGCAACUGCAUGUGCUACGACCGAUGUGGCAACCUAGAGGCCUCGGCCUUCACGACCUGCAAUCCACUCAUUCCAGGAUCACCGGAGGAGAGGAUUCAGAGACUGAAUGUGACUCUGUCUGCUCGUCAAGUCAUCGCCGACCGAGUACAUCGGGCCGGCCAGACCUUCCAAGAUGCAGAGCUGUCUAUUCGCCAACUCCCCGGACGCGGAGGUUGCCGCUCCCAACUUCUUCUGAAGUCAAAGAAUGGGUCGUACCGAAGCAUCAGGGGCUACCUGUCUCAGUGCGACGUCCCCCACCACUUCAACAAGAGCAAAGGUGACGGUGACGACCUCGAGAUCACGCUGUGGAGUGCGAAGGGCUCAAUGCAGCCAUUCAGUUGGGAGGCCUACAAAGACUCGGCACAGGUCUAUGCGUGGCACCCCCGCGACUCUUUUGAAGACUUUUCCGACGACUUGUCGGACGACUUGUCGGAUAGCUUCGGCGAAGACGACUGGGAAGCGCUGCAUGACAUACUGGACGACAUCAUCGGCGAGGAACAAGAGUCAGAAGAGGACCCCGCCGUGUUGACGACGGGUUGA